CUUAGACUUUUAUGAACUAACAAAGAAAGUUUAGUUGUACUAUUGUAUUUUGUUUUCUUUAUUGUCUUGUUGAUGUUCCACUUUAAUAUAAAAGAAGUACGUUGAGUUCAUCCGUCAACUUUUCACACAAAGAAAAGAAAUCAUGGAUGAUCAAUUGAUGAUGAGUGAAUUCUGUGAUCCACCUCCUCGUGUUCUUCUCAUAUCUGCUGGUGCCAGCCACACUGUAGCACUUCUCAUGAUGGGACGAUCGUGUUGCAGGCACAAAGAAACAAAAAAUCUUGACGUCAUAGUCGAGAUUACGAUCGCAUACCUUAUUUUCAAGCCCCUAGUUUCUUAUACUUCAAUUAUUUUCUUUGCCUUCAAAGCUGGAAAUGUUGUUUGCUCUUGGGGGCGAGGAGAAGAUGGACAAUUAGGCCAUGGUGAUACUAACGAUCGACUAUUACCCACAAAACUGAGCGCAUUCGAUGGCCAAAACAUUGUGUCUGUUACUUGUGGAGCUGAUUAUACAGUGGUGCGUUCUGAGUCCGGCUGCAAUGUAUAUAGUUGUGGAUGGGGUGAUUUUGGAAGGUUAGGUCAUGGUGAUCAUAGUGAUCUGCUCAUUCCUCAUCCCAUCAGAGCAUUACAAGGUUUAAGGAUAAAGCAACUUGCUUGUGGGGACAGUCAUUGUUUGGCAGUUACAAUGGAAAGCAAGGUGCUCAGUUGGGGGAGGAAUCAAAAUGGUGAACUUGGAAUUGGUACCACUAAGGACUCUCCAGUGCCACAAAAAUUAUUCACAUUUGAGGGAAUACACAUCAACAUGGUUGCUGCUGGUGCUGAGCAUAGCGUGGCGAUUACUGAAGAUGGGGAUUUAUACGGAUGGGGUUGGGGACAAUAUGGAAAUUUAGGAUUAGGGGACACAAAUAAUCGCUCGAUCCCCGAGAAAGUGACUGUUGAUCAUGGCGAGAAGAUAGUCAUGGUUUCUUGUGGCUGGAGGCAUACCAUAUCUGUUUCUUCUUCCGGUGGAUUAUACACACAUGGAUGGGGUAAAUAUGGUCAACUUGGACAUGGAAAUUUUGAGGAUCAUCUUGUACCUUGCAAGGUUCAAGCAUUGAGUGAUAAGUUCAUUUCUCAGGUAUCAGGUGGAUGGAGGCAUAGUAUGGCACUCACCUCUACUGGACAACUUUUUGGCUGGGGUUGGAAUAAGUUCGGACAGAUUGGAGUUGGUAACAAUUUUGAUUGUUCCACUCCCAUGCUAGUGAACUUUCCACAUAAUCAGAAAUUAGUUCAGGUCUCAUGUGGUUGGAGACACACAGUUGCUGUUACUGAGAGUGCAAAUGUAUAUUCUUGGGGAAGAGGUGCAAAUGGACAACUUGGGCAUGGAGACACCAUAGACAGGAGCGUUCCAAUAAUUAUUGAUGCCUUCAAUGUUGAUGGAUGUAGUGAGCAGCACAUAGAAUCCUCAAAGUAUCCAUCAUCAGGGAAAUCAUUUGCCUCCCUAUCAGUAAGAUAUGCAGUUGUUCCAAAUGAAACUGCAUUGCGAUCACAAGGCAGUACUUCAGAUAAGGGUUAUAGUACUUUUGAUGCCAAUGUACCUGAAAAUGAUGUUUCAACUGAUAGUAGCCCAACAAUUAAUGAUCAGUUCAAGGAAAUGAUGUAGCUCUGAAUCAGGGAGACCAACAAACUCAAGAAGGAGCUGGGGAUAAUGAAGAUUAUUAUGUGCAUAAUAACAAUGUAUGUAAUGUAUGAGGUUAUAUUAUAUUCUUUCUGAAAUCAAAUCUAAGUAAAAAGAUACAUAUAAAUAAAUAAAUACAUGUAUCUUUUUACUUAUAUUUCAUUACAGAUAGAGUAUAGCGUAUCAAUUCUUACGAUCAUUAGUUAGUAUGUUUGUUUUUAUGUCAUCAAUGAAAAUAUGGCUUGUAAUAUUUUCGGUGUGCAAGAUAAAUGAUAGAAUAGAAAGAGUUUAUGGGCAAAUGACCAAGGGAUCUCUGGUGCAGAGGACUUCGAUAUGGAAGUGAUGGAGGGGACCUCAGGUCUCAACCACUAGUGUUGCUUCGGGUUUGUACUAAUUGUCCUAAGGAUGGUUGUGUUGACAAAAUUGCUAGGUAAUCCCUCAGCUACUGUGAAGUUUUAGAUAUCCUGGUAUCGUUGUUGGGGAUCCUCCACAUCCAACUGUGGAGGUUGAUCGAUCUACUCCUGCUGUUGCGAUUGCCUUGAAGACGUAGCAUGAUUGUCGCCACGCGACGAGCUUAUUCAAAAGUGGUCAAUCUAAUAUGAACCUUGAGGCAGUAGAUGUAUUCAAACGUAGUAUGCAACAUGUCUGCACACAAAUAGACAUACAUACUCAACUAACAGGUACAUUCAAAAUAAAAAAGGCACAUAAUAUUGAAGUGUUGAUGACAAUCAUAAAUUCAGUUCAUGUAGCAUGUACAAACUGAGUUUGAGUAUGGAUAUGUGAAUCCAGUUCAUGUAUUAACACAUA